CAGAUACUUCGAUUGCAUCCAUUACAAAAGACACACCACAGGCCAACAACACCGGUCGCAACAUUACCUAAGCGAAGGCGACUGGACUGUUUCGUUGCGAUCGCAUACAAGACAUUGACGCGACGCAGUGGCAGACUGGUCUGACGGGCCGCUCAGCGAGGCCUUUGCGCCGCAUUGGGCUACGAUGAAGUUCCGACGGUCUAUGAAGAGCGACAGCAGCAAGCAUGACUCAGCGAAGCCCGUGCAGAUAUCGAUUCCACAGAAGGACGCCAUAGCCAUCGAGCCACCGAAGAAGGUCAUAAAAGCCCUCUACGACUACAAUGCGCCCGCCGAUCCCGCCAUCUACCUCUCCUUCUCCGCUGGUGACUUUUUACAUGUCGUAGGUCGGGAAGAUGACCAAGACUGGUACGAGGCCUGCAAUCCACUGGCGAAUACACGCGGUCUGGUGCCGGUGAAGUACUUCGACGAGGUGGGCAAGACAGUGCGGACGAGCGGCGGCUCCUCAAAUUCCAUGAGCGCGACGCACGACAGUGGGUAUGCGGAGAAUGCCUCGACGGCGCGCAGCGUAGGGACAUCAAGGACGAGCACGAUGAAUGGCAGCCAGUCGGACAUACCGCCUAUGCCGGGACAUCGGUCCAGUAAGUCCAUCAGUAAAGGCAUAGGCGGUGUGUAUGGCAUCGUGUCGUACGACUUCAAUGCCGAGCGGCCGGACGAGCUGGAUGCGAAGGAGGGCGAGGCUAUCAUUGUCAUUGCUCAGUCGAACCCGGAGUGGUUCGUGGCGAAGCCGAUUACGAGGUUAGGAGGGCCCGGGCUCAUACCUGUGUCCUUCAUUGAGAUACGGGACAUGACGACUGGCAAGGCGGUGGACGAUCCGGUGGCUGCGGUGGCGAAAGCUGGUAUUCCGAGGGUUGAAGAGUGGAAGAAGAUGGCUGCAGAGUACAAGAACACGAGUAUCCCGCUAGGCACAGUUUCCAGCAGUCAGCAAGUGCAAGGCUUGCAGCAAGGUAUGGAGCGUAUGAGUCUUGGAUCGCAACACCAGAAUGGGCACGGGGCCGGACAUUCACGGCAACCCAGCGCCUACCAAUAUCAACAGCAACAACAGCAGAAUCUUUACGCACCAGAAAGGGCAUCCGUGCCUCGAUACAUAUUUGCGGACGACAAGUUUCACUUUAUAGUCGAAGCCAGGAUGUCGAAUGGCACGCAUUGGGACUUACAGCGGGUGUACGAGGACUUUUACGAGCUCCAGAUCAAUUUGAUCAACGCUUUUCCGGAGGAGUCUGGCCAGGUUCCCGGAAAGCCGCGAGUACUACCGUACAUGCCUGGUCCGGUGAAAUUCGUAACAGAUGGCAUCAGCGAAGGACGAAGGGCGAAUCUGGACGAGUACUUACGAGACCUGCUAAGGUUACCGCCGCACAUUACAUGCUCAUCACUAGUACGGACCUUCUUCACGCCAAGAGGACCUGAUUAUGAGGUAGACCCGAAUGCUGUGGACCUGGAGGCGCAUGCUCGACCGAAGGAAGCGCAUGACAGGUAUUCGGCAGCGACACAGGAAUCAUACGGCAAUAACGUAUACCAGACACAAAGCCAGAUGCGGCAAAUUGCAAGCCAGCCAGUACAUCAGUAUUCACAAUCACAAACCUCGAACGGACCGUAUGGCCAUCAAAGAGGAACGUCGAAUCAAAGCCCCUACCACUCACCAACCGAAAACCAACAACAUCCAGUCCCAGCCACACGACAGAUGACGGAUAUGUCGAGCGCUUCUGGUACAUCCGUGCAAUCGACCGGCCCUGUCAAGGUUAAAGCGUGGUUCGAUCGCGACACUUGCGUUGUCAUUCGGAUGCCGCCACGCGGCCAAUUCACGUACGAGGAGCUGUAUCGCAAGAUCGUCGAGCGGAGGAAGCUCGAAUACAAGGGUCAGGACCAGAGCGAGGAGGAUCUUGAUAUAGAGUAUCGGGAUGAGAAGGAUGGGGAAUACUACCGUUUGGAGGGCGAUGAGGAUUUGGAGAUUGCCGUUGAGAGGAACGAGAAGCUUACGCUGGCUGUGAGGGCGGCGGGGACGUGAAGAGGAGGGUCGUUUGGGUUGAUUUGGAUGUCCGUUACUUAGG